AUGUCGCGCUCCCCUGAAAAUGGAUUGUGUAGUGCAUUCAGUGACGAUGAAGAAGAAGUAGAGGCACAACGUGCUAUGGAGGAGUGGAUCGAUGAAGUGAAUUUGUUGCUUUGUGGUUUGCCUAAACAUGCAUCGAAACAGAAACAGACCACAGUAUCCAAGCGCAACCGAGGAUCUGUACUCCUGGGCUCGCUAUCUUCACCUGUACCAAACAAAGCUGCGGCAACAGCGACGCGCAGACACUCAGGCACUCCUUCCUCAAGACCGAAACUUCUCCAUCAUCCAGGAAGCAUAUCACCUGAUGCGGCAGCUGAAUGGUUUAAGCCGGGAAGGUCACCGCCACCGCCCAAAGCUGGCUCGCCUGUGCUUAAGCCUUCCAGUCCGUUAUUACCGGAGCAGCCAGUGACAUCGCCGCUUGUACCAUGGAGAAGGUAUGUGGUGCCUUUGCCUGAACGCCCUGAGCCACCUACGAUUCCCUUACCCGAGAGGCCGCCCGCUACAGAGGUGCCUGUGGAUAUGGAAGACUGGUACGAUGCCUAUUCAUUACCUAGUCCAGGGCCGUGCCGACUGUCUCCUUUACCUACUUACUUAUUCCGCACAUGCACAGUAUUCGCACCGCCGAUGACGCAAGCGCCACCCGCCAUCACAGGGCCCACGCCCUCCAUGCGUGCUUUGUAG